GUUUGGCGUGUAUGCGGGGGGAGGGCGGCCCGUGGGGGAGAGUGUGCGAAAGCGCCGUGAUGUGCAAAGUAAUCGUCCGAACGACGUUAAAGAAAUGAAACUGUAUCAAUCCAAAAACAUCCUGUUAAGUUAUGAACUCUUUCAAAUCAGCUAAGACUAUGUUUUGUGUCUCAGGGACUGAGAAGUGCCAAGCCAGUGUACGUAGUGCCCAGAACGUUGGAAUGGUGCUCGUAAGUUAAGUAUGCACAUUUCCACAAGUCCAUAAGAGUGGUGAUUAAACUCAUUUCCAUCUAGGAAAUACCGUCUAACCUACGUUUCUUUUACUGCCAUUUGUAGUACGAGUUUCCUUUGACGGAUGCAGAAGAUUUUGAUAACAGAAGUUCAGGCUAGCCUACGAGUUCACUAGCGAAGCUGUACUCGCAUGAGUCAGUGACGUGUCGACAUCCAUGCUUCGCGGAGAGGAGGUAAGCCUGUAAGUGUUCAGCAGACUGCUGGGCUGCCAUAAUAUUGAUAGACGGGUCAGCAAGGCUGACUAGGUCACUCAGAAAAUUUUGGACUGACAAAUGACCUGUAGACCUCACUUACUUUGGUAUUCAAUCACCCAAUGUUUAAUUUUUUUUUGGAUCGUAACAUUGGUUUUUCGCACAGCUGGAUGCAGAAAUAGUUUUAGAAAAUUUCUGUUUAAAUACUGUCACAAAACUGUUAAACUAUUUAUACAAAGUAUUAUUUUCUUUAGCGUAUUAAUACAAUGACCCAUCUUCUUGAAACUGUCCAUUUUCAUCACCACUGUUCGAGAUGGGUCGUCUGUGGUGAACUGAAACCCCCUUACAGGACACAUGAAGUCCCCUGUACUGCCACGUCGAUUCAAAGCAAAACUAAUGUACCUGGCUAUUUCAAGGAUGCUGUGCUGUGGCCGUAAGAAGGAGACAGAAGCUGGAGAGCCUUCAGUGGUCGAGGAGGUUAUAAGUAUACCUGGUCCGUCCCGCCCCAGAAUACCGGAAAUGGUUGUUCAGAGAGACUUCCGGAAGGUCAGUGGGAUCUCCACCGAGGUCUUUAGACAGAUUGAACAGGUAGAGAAUGACUUCGAUGCUGUAACAGCCGCUAAUAUCGAGGCUGUUGAGAGGCGUGGGGAGAUGAUCAUCCGGGUCUUAGACCCUCGCAGGUUAGGUCGAGUUGGGGCCGAAGCUAGCAAAAAGUACCUGAGUGCUGCUACUAGUAGCCACACUGUUCAGUUUAUAGAAAUCAUCAAACGGCCAGGGCAGACGUUGGGGUUGUACAUACGGGAGGGCGAUGGGAUCCGACGGACAGGGGGAGUAUAUAUCUCCAGAGUAGCACUUGAAAGUGCUGUGUACAACAGUGGACUACUCAAAGUAGGUGAUGAAAUCUUAGCUGUGAACUUGGUUGAUGUGAGACACAUGAGUCUGGAUGACGUGGUCAUCAUAAUGUCCAUUCCAAGGCGUCUCGUAUUAACCAUUCGCUCCAAGAUUCCUGGGAGGUUGCCUUGUCAUCCCUCACGGAGACUUGUAGAAGAAGUGCGUCCGCCAGUUGUAGUUUGGAAAAAAGAGAUGGAGGAGGAAGCAGUGGAAGACGUUAACGGUAACAGUGAAAAUGGGCAACUAAUCCAUGCCAGGACAAAAGGCUUACCAUCAGGGGUUCCGCCAGUAGCAAUUGUGUUAAACGAUCGAGACAGGCGACAGUAUGAUGACCAUGGUCUCUACUAUAACUCCCGCCCUCGUCUUCAUAGAGUACCACGGGAUGAAGUCCGAGAGGAAGAGAAGCGCUGGAGAAGGGAACCAGAGGUAUCUCGGCGUCCAGUAGUCACGCGACAACCAAGAACGCACCCCAGAUACCCCAAUAUGCUAGAAAGUCUAGCUGAGCAGGUACACCCAUUUCACAGGUAUCCACCUCCACCAGCUCCUUCCAAAAGAAUGCACCCACCUCGUAAAACUCUGGCAAAGAGUCCUGAGAGGAGUAGCACUUCCCGCCGCAAGUACUGGGAGGAAUAUGAGGCUUCCAUUAGUGGUCGUCCAACAAGGAUUUUGAGGGCCGAGAGUGAACAGAGGAUUCCAAGAGAUAGACACCACGAGGAGGAGGUGUACGAUAGAUAUGCUGCUAGGGAUCAACGGCCGAGUUUACAAACGACUAGAACUAUGCAACCCAGGGGUCGAACACGUCGGUCUCUCAGAGAAGGUCCGCCACAGGCCGGAAUACUACGGCGACGGCGGCGCUCAGUGACAGAAAGUUGUUCCGAUACCGAAGUGCACCAUGCAAGCUCCAGAGAACCCGCUGUUUUGUACAGACAAAGCAGUUUAGGCCGUAUGCCCCCAUCCAGAGGACACUGCCAAUUCCGAAGCAAUUCACUGCCACGUGCUCGCGCCGCCGAUCUGGAGACCCGGAGGCACCGCCAGUCUGUCCGUUUUGAAAAUGAACCUCUGCCUUAUGACUCUCAGGAGGACAGCGAUGGCGCCGUGUCUGCCCCAGAGCUUCCAUCCUCCAGGUCGGGUAGAAAAGGCUCAGGUCGUCACAGGCCCUCUCCUAAUAUUUUCACUGCAGGUGAAUAUCGUGACUGGUUAAGUCGAGCACCUUCUACGUCAGCAAUAUACGAGCGCGUGAGGCGAGGACGAGGCUUGCGUCACGUGCAGCCGCUGCCGAGGAUCGCACACAGUGUCGAGAGCCUCCUGGAUACGCUUCGUCAAAAGCGGAAGCGAGGCCUCUACCCUUCAGAAACUCCUGUGAGUCGGUCUCUUCUAAGACCGAGGGCCGAAGAACUUGCCCAUACCUCCCACCUCAUUUACCCUCUUCCGUUUGAGAAUCACCACACCGUACCCUUCCCCUCCCCUACUAAACACUCUGACGAAAAGUUACACCUGCUCAUGCUGGACACGAAGGAGUUCUACAAAUACAGACCACAGAAAGCUUCGAAAACAAUGUUUCAUUGUUUAGAUGUGUUUAGUGGGGUGCUAUGGAUUCAUCUUGUAACGGGUCGGGGUCUGCGCCCCUCUAGGCAGUUUGACCAUUUCAGAGACUUGUACUGCGUCAUUGAAUGUGAUCACAUGCACAAGGCAAGAACAGCCGUGCGGACAGGCGAACAGAGCUUCGACUGGGAUGAGAUUUUCGAACUGGAUCUGGUUGAGAACCAGGAAUUAACUUUUCUUAUCUACAGCUGGGAUCCAGAGUACCGCCACAAGCUAUGUUACAAAGGUACGAUACAGCUCAACUUACUGAAAGACGGACCUGUCCAUAGCCUGGCCCUGAAGCUGGAGCCGUGUGGAACGCUCUACCUCAAGCUGCAAUUCACGGAACUCAGAGACCUAUUGGAGAGAAUCCCCGCUCCCACCUCCUCAGGGGUGUUCGGGGUAGAUCUUGAAACCAUUGUCGCAAGAGAGAACUCUAGCAUAGGGAUACCACUUAUUCUGAAGCUGUGUACUGAUGAGGUGGAAUCACGCGGGUUGACUACCCCUGGUAUCUAUCGUCUCUGUGGGUCAGCAGUAAGGAAGAGGAUGCUUCGGGAAGCAUUUGAAACGAACCCCUGGUUGGUUGACUUAACAGAAGAGAAUAUACCUGACAUCAGUGUUGUAGCCAGUCUUCUCAAGGAUUACCUUCGUGAACUUCCUGAACCGGUCUUCACAAAAGGUUUAUUUGACAUGUUAGUAGACGGUAUUAGCGUGUGUCUCCCUGACGAUCCUGAGGGUAAUUCCAAGUUAAUGUUCAGUAUACUCGACUGUCUACCGAAGGUCAACAGGUGUACAGUGCUUUGUUUAAUGGACCAUUUGAAGCAAGUGGUCAGUCACAGUGAUCAGAAUAAGAUGACCUCCCAGAAUGUAGCAGUCUCUUUCGGGCCAAUUGUCAUGUGUCACAUAACACCAAGAGAAAGAAGUCUUGAGUUACGAAAGUCUAUCGACGUGUUCCGGUAUCUUCUGGAUAUGUGGCCUACCAACAGAGGUGACAGAAGCAGUGAUUCAAGCACUAGUGGGAAAAACAGUCAAACAACAAUAGAUGAUGAUGAUGAUGAAGGAAGAACGAUGUCACAGAAGAUUGCAUCGUGGCCUGUUGGUCGAUGAAUUUUAACCAGAGUUUGCAAUUUACAUAUUAGCCGUUUUGUGCCAGUAGGGGAUGAUCUGAACUACUGUAACCAAGCCAAAGAAGAAAAAAAAAAGAAGAAGAAAACUGCCUCAAUUAAUUUUAUUUCUAUACAACAUCUUUCCGAUACAGAUACUCUGGGUAGCAAGGUGUAGUUACGUUGUUAACUGUUCUAUCUUUGUUGCAUUUCUCCUUUGAAUAGAAAUAAUGUAAUAAUAUAUCGUUUAAAUGUGAACUGUCCUGCUGAAAUUAGAAUGCAAGAGUUAAUAAUGUUCACCAGAUGGCGCCUCUUACUGUUGUUAAUUCCCCCUCCCCUUCCCCAGUUAAAAAUAAGAAAAAAAGAAGAUGUUCCUAAUCCUAUGUAUUAAUCCGAGCGCUGUUGUUUCGCUAGUUGGUUGUUUGUUGUUCCCGAUGAAAGGAGCAACUUUUCUGUUGUUGUUGUUUUCUCUUGUAAAGUUAUUAUGUCGACAAUGGACUUGUUACGAAGGAGUUCACUGUCAGUCUAUUCCUUGUUUUUAAUAAACAAUUUAUCCUCUU